UUGGGACCUGGGAGAGAAAAUUAUCCCCGCAGAAGCAAACGAGCUGGGAAGAAAAGAAGAAGAAGAAAGAGGAACAAGUUACGAACAUGGACAUGUCCGAAGUGGCGGUUUACUCGUCUACAAUGCAAGUGGACGUUCUUUCCCCGUGAAUUCGUUCUUUUGUGUAACCCUCCCUCCCUCCCAUCAUGCUGAGUUUCCUGCGCAGGACGCUGGGCCGACGUUCCAUCCGGAAACACGCAGAGAAAACUCGCUUACGGGAGGCCCAACGUGCCACGACGCACAUCCCUGCUGCUGGGGCGGCAAAGGCCGUCAUCACCUGCCGCGUGUCCUUACUGGACGGGACGGACGUCAGCGUCGACCUGCCGAAAAAAGCAAAAGGUGAGGAGCUGUUUGACCAGAUCAUGUACCAUCUGGACAUCGUAGAGAAAGACUACUUCGGUCUGCGCUUCAUGGACUCGGCGCAAGUGCCGCACUGGCUUGAUGUCACAAAAAGUAUAAAAAAACAAGUGAAAAUCGGCCCGCCUUACUGCCUUCACCUGAGAGUUAAGUUUUACUCUUCAGAACCGAACAACCUCCACGAGGAGCUCACGAGAUACCUAUUUGUGUUACAGUUGAAGCAAGACGUCCUCAGUGGCAAGCUAGAAUGUCCGUUCGACACAGUGGUGGAGUUGGCUGCCUUCUCGAUACAGGCUGAGAUGGGUGAUUGCGACCCAUUAGAACAUAAUCGGGAUCUGGUGUCGGAAUUCCGCUUCAUCCCCAACCAGACGGAGGCCGUGGAGCUGGAGAUAUACAACAAAUGGAAGGAGUGCAGAGGUCAGAUGCCAGCCCAAGCUGAAAUUAACUACCUGAAUAAAGCCAAGUGGCUAGAAAUGUAUGGGGUGGACAUGCAUAUGGUCAAGGCAAGAGAUGGUAAUGAGUACAGUCUGGGUUUGACACCCACUGGAGUUCUGGUGUUUGAAGGAGAAACCAAGAUAGGGCUCUUCUUCUGGCCCAAGAUUACUUGUCUGGAUUUUAAGAAGAGCAAACUGACGCUGGUGGUCGUGGAGGACGAUGACCAGGGCAAAGAACAGGAGCACACCUUUGUCUUCAGGAUGGACCACCCCAAGGCCUGUAAGCACCUGUGGAAGUGUGCCGUGGAACACCACGCGUUCUUUAGGCUGAGAGGGCCGGUACACAAGAACUCUGCAAGCUCUGGAUUCAUCCGCAUGGGAUCACGCUUCAGAUACAGUGGGAAGACGGAGUAUCAGACGACCAAGGCCAAUAAAGCCAGGCGGUCAACCUCCUUUGAGAGAAGGCCCAGUCGACGUUACUCCAGAAGAACCAUGCAGAACAGAGGACCGUUCCAUCACCAGGAGCUUCUUCCCUCAGGCAACGGAGUCGGCUACAGCAGAGGCAACAAGCCUCAGGCUUCUCCCAGUAGAAGUGCCUGGUCAGCUGUGCCCGUGGUCAGCCCGGUGGCUGCUUCCGCCUGUGCACCCAUGGAAAUCGAAGCUCUACCCAGGAGUCCCGGAGGAGAAAAGAGGAGUCUGCCAGUUGAUGCUGACCUGUUGGAAACGUGCUUGGAUGAUGUCCUCCGGGCUCCUGUCGAUCCCACGGAGACGGCUGCAGACGAGGCCGGACCGAGCUCCGCCUACGCUGCCGCCGGGGACGAUCCCCUCUGCCUCGCUGAAGCAGCAGCUCGUCUGAAGCAGCUGGAGUUGGAAAGCAGUCCGCUUCUUGGUACUCCAAAAAAUGUUAAUGUGAAUAUGGCCAUGAACAAUCAGGAGGAUGUGGUGAAGCUCACGGAGAAAUGUGGCCUGAGCAGUACAGGCAGUAGUCCAGUUGUCACUCCACUGUGCACCCCACAGGGCCUGAAGAGCAACAUCCUGAAAGCACGAGUUGAGGCUGCUGCCCUCAAGGGAUCUUUGGAGGAACACGGCGUACUUGUUGGAGAUAAAAACUGUCACCUGCAGGAGGCCUCGGCCAGGUUGAAGGUGCGCACCGGGCGACUGGGCAGCAACUCGUCUCUGUCCGUCAGCAGCCGCCCUGAAAUCCAAGACUCCUGGGACCUGCUCAAGUCCACCUCACUGGUCUCGUCAGCAGGGGCCAGUGCCGAGGGGCUCGCUGAAGACGUGAACCCCCGUGUUCCCAAGAUGCCCUCCGAGUCUGCCAGCGAAGGCCCGGCACCGAAGGUUAAAGCGGAGGAAGUUGACCUGCAGAACAUCGGCUCACUGUCUGACAACCUGAUUGAUUUCACUGAUCCAACCCCCAUGUUGCCACCAGUGCUGCAGCCCAAACCUCCCAUCACACCUCGCUGGAUCAUUCCUGCUGCUGCUCCUCCUGGCGUCUUUGCUAACGGCCUCCUCGACCUUGAUCCCCCUGCUAAGUUCAACCCUCUUCUCCCUGCGGAUGGGGGAGCAGCUCUCGCCCCAGUCCUCCCCCACCUCGCUCACACACGUAACACCGUCUUCGCCAGCACGGCGGGUCAGCAGCCAGCCUCGGAGGGCGGAGCCAAACCCAGAGGUCUCCUAACCACGGAGCUCUGAUGGAGAAGUGAGGAGCGGCCAUCACCACGUUCCCCAACUGCUUUCCCGCCAGCACACACACACACACACACACACACACACACACACACCCGUGCUGAACUCCGAGGGCUCCGAGGAAAGUGGAACCAGCUCAAGAGGCAGCUAACAAACACAAUUGCACCCUCACUGAGGAACACAUUGGACCAACUGAACAUAGUGCACAGGAAAAUAAUAUGAAUAUGACGACAGUUUUUCAAGAUAAUGUGACACGGAGCCUAGUUUUUGUAAAACGGUGACAAACAAAAGAUUUAGCUCCAGUAUUAACACCUCCAGAACAUUUCCCAUGUGAACCUCCUGCAUGAGUUCACGCACAGUGACCUGCAAUAUGCUUAAUCCAUCCAGUCAGCCGAACCCUCAGAACUGGCACCAUCUCAUGGAGAAAAGUGUUAAAGUAUUUUUAUUCCACUGGUUUGCUCCAGAGGUCGAGUCGGGGCCGACGCACUGAAAGGUACGCGGCGUAAAAAGCACGCGGCUCCUGACUCCAAGGGAAGUGCGUCUCUUUUAGCGCUUUCCUCCCAUUUAUAGUAUUUUUUUUUUUAUCAUGCUGUUUUAUUGCUGGUUAUUCUCACGACUGGAUCGCUGCGACUCUGAGCUCGUCUGCACGCACGGAUCAAACAGGAAGUAGCGCUGCUGAAGUGCACUGGAUGAAGCACUGAAAGGCAAAAAAAAAGAAAGAGACUCACUUUAAAUGUUGAUUCCAAGAGAUAAAGAACGCCUGGACUGUGAACAUGAAGUAUUGAUAUGAUACUGGACUCAUUUAUUUCUUUUAUUAUCCAAUUCUACACGUGAAACUCGUCUGUUGGCAGCCACUGGAUCUGAAGACGUCACUGGAUUACUUUGGCAACACUUGACCUUGACAUCGAUGCUUUGCAUUAAAUGACAAUGUAGCGGACUACUUUUUUUUUAAAUCCUGUUCUUACUUUUCCUUUUUGACAUUUUUUUUUAUUUGCUCAUUGCCGUACUUUUUAAUUCCCACAUUCCCGUACCAGCGCGAUGAGGGACUGACCGUCGCUGAUGGACGUUCGUCUCCUUUGGGACACGUUGUGUUGCUUUGGAAACUUAUUGGGGCUUUGGAGCAAAAGUUGAAGAUGAAGUUUUAACAUGUUGUGUAAAUGUGAUCUGUGUUUUCACUUUAAUUCACUGACUCCACCUGCAACUAGUUUUCAUUUUCAACAAUAGUUUCAGAGCCGGCUCGGAUCCUUUCCAACGCUUUUGCAUAUCUGUAUUCAUGUCUGACCGUCGCUUCACCCCGUUACAGAACUCAGCUCCUGGACUUCAUACUUGCCGUAGCUUUGACUGCCUUAUGGAAAUGAAUGUAUCCACACCGUCUCAUCUGGGAAUGCUGGAGAUGCCGCAGCGGGGAAACCUUUACGACUUCUCAUAACUGGAGGAAAACUUGCGAAGUAUCUGAGGAGCUGAUUUCAUACGCGUUAAAUUGAGGCCUAAUUCUACAAUUUUCUGAGUUAUUAAUUAAAUGUAUCACAUUGACUCUUAAAGUUCUGCUCUUUACAUCAUAAUCACAGAGUCUCUCGUUUAAGUUAUGUCCGUGUAGGUUUUUCAUAAUGAUGGUGAUUUAAUUCUCCGUCUUGACCAAGGGAAGCCGACUGCUCUGCAAUGUCUCCUGAGCCGUUAUUUAUGCCACUACGCUGUUAAAAUAUGACAUGAUGUCCAAAAGUGUUGUAGCGUUGUGUAAUGUAUUGUCGGUAUAACGGCAUCUGCUGGCUGUAGAUAUGAAGUAGAUUUAUAUAUAUUUUUCUGGCAGUCUUGUUACGACACUGAGAAGAUUUCUCUAAUUACAAAAAGAAGUAGGAACUGUAUUACUGAGCUGACUGUAAACACAGAUUGUGACCUUUCAAAUGCAAUUUUAUAUCAACUUUUUGUUCUUUUUCUGGAAUACCUGAUUAUGAUUCAGUAAAGCCUUGCUACAGUAGGA